GAUCGAUAACCAUGCAUUGGACAUUGGAAGUAGUAUACAAACACAUUUAUGAUUCGUUCCCUACCUCUAGUGGAUUGAGUACGACUUUGUGCCAAGCUGAAGACGAUUGUGAAACCAAUUCAGUCGCCAUCCAGCAAGAGAAGCUGAAGACCUCAUACCACAGCAUCGAAAUCAUAGAGUGAAGAUUUACGCCUUAUCAUCAUGGCCAUGAACGCAAAGGAUCGUAAGAUUGUAGUGUUUGUGUUGGUGUUUUCUGCCCUGAUCAUACUUGGUAUUGGUUUCGGGAUUGGAUUCGCUACACGAUCAAAAACUUCUAAGAACUCUGGGUCCACACCAGACGUUAAGACCCCAACCUCGUCUCCUACAGGCCGCCCCACCAACGGUCCCACCUCUUUCCCUACACCAUCAGGGAACGGGACAAGUUAUGGACCAUACAAGGAAGGAGCCGUGGCCACAGACGCGGGAAAGUGCUCUGAGAUCGGCCGAGAUAUCCUUAAGGCAGGAGGUAGUGCUGUAGAUGCUGCUAUCGCUAGUUCUUUUUGUAUUGGAGUCAUCAAUAUGCACUCUGCUGGUAUAGGUGGAGGUGGAUUCAUGUUGAUCUAUAAUAAGAGUACUGGGAGAGCAGAAACCCUGGACUAUAGAGAAGAGGCGCCAAAAGCUGCUACACCAGACAUGUUUCAGAACAUCUCGUCUACCAAUGGCGGAAAAGCGUCAGGAAUCCCUGGAGAAGUUAUAGGUCUUUAUACGGCCCACCAAAAAUACGGGAGACUAAAUUGGUCCGAUCUGGUGCAACCAUCCAUUGACUUGGCCACCAAUGGCUUCCCAAUCCCUAUCCCUGUAUAUGAAGCCAUGGAGUUAAGUAAAGAAGACAUCAAAAAAGAUCCAGGGCUCAAGCAGCUUUUGUUUAACGGGGAAGAAAUGAAAAAACUUGGCGAAAGAAUAACAAACCCACAGCUAGCAAUAACCCUGGAAAAGAUACGAGAUAAUGCAAUAAGCUUCUACAAUGGCUGCUUAGCAGUCGAUAUUGUACGCGAUGUUAAAAGAGCCGAGGGAAUUAUAACCAAGGAAGAUCUUAAGGAUUAUAAACCCAAAUGGAAAGAAGCACUCAAAAGUAAUAUGUCAGCUGAUUUAUCUUUGUUUACGACCGCUCCUCCAUCUAGUGGGGCCGUUAUUACUCUCAUCUUAAAUAUUCUUAAAGGGUACAACAUGAGUGAGGCAGACAGAGCUAAUGAUGAAGCCUCCGCCCGUACGUAUCACCGCAUUAUCGAGGCAUUUAAACACGCUUACGCUGCACGUGCCCACUUGGGAGACCCAGACUUCCCCGACCCAUCUUAUGUAAACAUUUACGAGGUUUUAAAAAACAUGAGCAACCCCAGUAUAGCAGACAACAUCCGCCUUCGGAUUGAUGAUAACAAAACAUACCACAACGCGUCUUUCUACGGGAAGUACUUCUCCGGUACCGGGCACCAGGGGACGUCACAUCUGUCUGUUUUGGCGCCUAAUGGCGACGCUGUAUCCUUGACAACCACGAUUAACUUCAGGUUUGGCGCCAAGUAUCGCUCUCCAGUGACGGGCAUAAUAUACAAUAACGAAAUGGACGAUUUCUCUACCCCGGGCAAACCUAAUGGAUUCGGCGUCAAGCCGUCGCCUAGCAACUACAUCAAGCCUGGCAAGCGACCUAUGUCCUCGAUAAGCCCAGUAAUUUUUGUACAGCGCAACGAUUUGAUGGUCAGGCUGAUCGCAGGCGCAUCAGGGGGAACUAGAAUCACGACUGCCACAGCAUUGGUUAUCAUGAACAAACUGUGGUUCGGUAGACCGCUGAACGAAUCUGUAAGUGAGCCGCGUGUUCAUAACCAGCUCUCCAACACCACAUACGAAGUUAAAGAAUCAAAAUACACUUUACCAGCAUCCAUAAGAAAAGGCCUAGCUGAGCGAGGGAACUACCUGAUACCUUCCAAUUGGUAUGCCGUAGUCCAAGCAAUAUAUAGAGAAGAAAAGAGCACCAUUUUCGCUCAGUCUGACCCAAGGAAACAUGGCUGGUCUGCUGGCUACUAACUGGUCAUUGCCCAUGCGUAGUAUCUAUUGAUUUUUACUGGGGGAGGGGUGGGGAGGGAGCGGACUAGUUCGAAAUAUUUUGCCAAAACGUAAUGUUUUCUGAUUCAAACUAUUUGCCAACCCCUUGAGUAUUUUCUUUUCUCGAUUAUACUUUGGUGCAAAUAGUCUAUAAUUCCUUUAAUUAUUCACCAUUUAUUUCUAUUGAUGUUGCUUUCAAACCGCGCUAAUUUGCACUAGACGUUACCUGCUUAUAAGCACCUACCGCGCAGUAAGAUUGCCUUUUAAUGUGACGUCAGGUAUAGCGUAGGUAUGACGUUGAAAUAACGUCAUUUUCUGGAGACAAAUAUGAACAAGGCUAGUUUGCAAUUUGUUUAUUUCUCGUCCUCGUUCGUCUGAUAGUAUAUUAUUUAUAUGUUUAAUAUGGGUGUACAAGUUCGGUGUAUAUUACAGGAUGAUUUGUAAUUAAGACUGAAAAUAUUAUCGACAACGGCUGAGCAUACUUCUACUGAAUAGUCAUCGAUGUAUCUGAAAGAAUAAAGAUCAUAAAUGAAAUGAUGUACGCAUAGUAGUUGUAACCGUAUGGGUUGCCACAGCUAUUGCGAAAAGGUUAGGUGAAGGUCAGAUUUGUUGCACGUUGCAUGAUCCAGCUAAGCGGUGAUUUUUUAUAGCCAAUCAGAGCGCGUUUAGCUGUUUUGCCGCCUGCCCAUAUUAACAGGCUACUGUAACCAACUUUUGCGUAUUUCAUGAUAAUUAAAUUUAAAUUUGCGCAAUUAAAACGGGGAUUUUAAUAUGCAAUAAUAACAGCAUUAAUUGUAACGGGGUAAAGGGGAACGAGGACAUCGUGUUUUUAAUACGCGGUUCAUUUUCGUAUGGCGUUAACGCUACACUGGAUGGAGUUCGAAAUAACCUUCCUUUGUGUUGCGCAAUACUGAUUCGCCUCAAGUUUACAAUGCGAUUUAUCAAUGCAAGAGGAAAUUGGCCAGUUGAGAAUGAGAGAAAUGAAUGCUUUUCAAUUUGCAAACUUUAAACAUACCUGAUAAUAGUAUAUGUUUCUUUAAUUAGUAGGCUUAACGUGAUUAACAUUGACCACAAGCGCUAGCGCAUUGGGAUGCCAUUUGCGGUAUGGCUACACAUGCGCCCUGUGAAGCCAACUGAACGCAGAAGUGGUUAUCUUGAAUGUUGACACACGUGCUGCCGGCUGAAGAAUCAUUCCAAAUAAUGACAUUAGUAAAGCCAUGCGGUAUUGCACCGUAGAAUGAAUAUUAUUAUUAUCAUUUCCGUAACGACCAAAAUAACUAACUGCAAAUAAUAACCUGCUGUUUUGCUGCAAAUAAUAAUCUGCUCAGUAAAGUCGCGUUUGUCAACAUGAAAGGCUUGCUUCCCUGUGACUUGGUAUGUUUGAUACUACCAAACGACCAAAGCACAGAAAGAAAAAAAGAAUUUGAAUGAUAAAUCAAUUAUUGCAUUGGCAAGUGCUGAAUACACGAUAUUUUGCUCAA